AGCGAACAUUUAUAAUUAUUUAAAAACAAUUCAUCAUUUAAUCGGAGUAAAUAUCUGAAACGCUGCGGAAGCCUUUAAAACAACAUCAUCAAACAUCUUGUUGUUUAAACAAAAUAAAAGUCAACAAGUAUUUAAUUCAAUUUUAAACAGUUUCGGGCCAUCCACCAGCGUCACGUUUCACUGUCCUGCAGGCUGCUCCUCAUCCAAUCCUUGAUUCCUACCUGUAAAAAUAGGGAGAGUGGAAGUAUCUAACGCUAAAACUAACUCAUAGAUUAGUACCCAUUAGUGUAUGAUCAAACAAUAUCAGAAGUAUCAGAAAAUAUCGUUAUCCAACUGUACCACUAUUUACCCUUUUAAUUCAGAUUAGUUCUUUUACAUACUUACUCCAUCUGCCUGCUAGAUAUAAUCCAAUUCAUACUUACGGGAGUAAUGAAAUCCAGGCUCUCGCCCAAACCCACACUCAUAACUCCAAAGCUCUCGCAAAGGAGGGGGUUGAGGCCCCCGCUGGCUCUCGCCAGGGGUCAAUGACCACCGUGCGCACGUUUUUAACCCUCGAAACCACGAGGUGUACGCCGUCACCUGCAUGACCUUAAUUUCUAAUCUCAAUCCUAUUUGUGAUUUUCAAUAUACAAUCCUACAAUUCAACUCAGCUCUGAAUUAUUUCAUAACAUAUAAUUAUCACAAGUCCUCAAGUUAUCAAAUUUAGAUUACUUACUAGUCAUACCAAAUCUUCGUCUAGAGUAUCAUGAAUGGGCCAGAUUAUAAUCAAUUUGAAAGCAUGGGGCCAAAUCCGAAUCUUAAACCUAAAACUCUAGUUCCUUAAUUGAAAAUAGUCAAUCCGUUGCCCCUGCGUAUCUUCUUCCUUUUUUUAUCCCGUAGCAUUCCGAUCGGCAGAGGCGGCAAAGCUCAGCCGUAGAACGUCAGCGGCUAAACGACAUCCCGGAAGUAGAGCAACGUACAGAGCAAAGGGGAAGCCUCCUGUUCCCAACUCCGGCGACAGGGAAACAGGGCAGCGUAGAAUAGAAGGGAGUAGAUGGGGUCGAGAUAGAAGACGAACAUGGUGCAGAGUAAAACAAUUUUUGCAAUUCGAUUUAACAUAUUCAAUAUUCAAAAUCGCAAAUCCAGCGCCAAUUGAUUGAAAACAUAUUAACGAAUACUAAUCUACGAAUUGAUUUUAACGAGAGAUAAAUCACUCACCUCCAUUAAUCAAAGAAUUCUAAAUCCCGAAUCAAAUGAGAUCGCUGAUCUGUUUUCAGUCUCCUACUACCCGCACGCCAAAAGAGGAAGGAACCGGAAACGAUGUACGGCGCUUGUCGCCUGAAAACACGAAGGAGAAUAUGGCGAGGAGUUCCCCAAGUUGAAUCACGUAGAACCUUCGAAGAACUCCUGUGUUUCUCCAUGAUCCGAUCGGCGAAGAGAAGAAGAAAAGUCUAAAGUUGUUGAAGAAACGGCCGAUGAGAAACAGAGCCCAGCGUCAGAACAUCUACUAUGGACCGAGAGAAAAUGGUCAUGGAGCAGGGUUUAGAAGCAAAGCAAGAGAAUACAGUAGAGCCCUUUAUCCUGAACCAAGGAGAGCAACUGAUUAUUGAUGGCCUGUUAAAGCAAGCUCCUUUUCAAGUACAAGAAGAUGGACCUAUUCAAGUUGAGCUCAAUCUUCAAUUGAUCGAUGAUAAAGAGGACAAAUUGGCAAGAGGAGAUCACCACAAAGAGUUUGAGAUUCUUUUGCUUCUGUUUGAGAAGCAUAUUAGUGAUGACUUUGAGCAAUCUAUAUGGGUCAUUAAGGAAGCGUUGCGCUCCCCAUUCAUCAAGGAGAAGAUUCAGAAAGGACUUGUUAGGACUCUUGAGGGUAAGGCAAUAAAAGCAACAAGGGAAGCUAUGAAGAGUGCUCAAUGCAUUAGGGCAAUAAAACUGAAAGGUACCCGACAUCAGGUUCUUUUAUCGUGUGCCAACAUUGAUGAACCGAUCUUAACGGCGAUGUGUGGUCAACUCAUCGACUAUGAUUGACAGGGGAAGUUUCCUGGGCAGAAUCAGAACGACUUUUGAAGCUCUUUUGUUUAGGUUGUUUGGCAGGUUUGAACUUGUUUGUGAUGAUUGAUCUGGUUUGCCUUGGACUAUCGUACCUGGAAUGUUUAGCAAUCUGGACUGAAUAUUGGUAGCAUUACUAUUAUUGGCAAUUCGUAUUAUUGAUCAUCACAUUUGGUCGCAUGAAGUUCUGCUGAAUGAAGUCCUGGGAUUUUA